AUGACAGCCGGUUCUACGUACUGGAAUGAGCCGAAGAUCUUCGGCCAAAGGCUGUCAACCCAGCAACAACAACAAUUGGACAUGGUUUUCUUAGUUGAAAGUGUUAGAGAAACCAAUAAGAAAAUGAAACUUUUCACAACCUUAAUGAUAUUAACUGCCUUGGUCUAUAUGGCUUUUGGAGCUGACUCUAAUAAUCCAGGUCGCUACAAAGACCAAGGACAGUAUAAGCCAGGACAAUAUUAUGAUGCCGAAAAUAAUAAUGGUCGCUAUUAUAAAAAUCGUGAAGUUUACAAUCAACGCCGUUAUUACGACAAUUUCUAUAAGAAAUACAAUCCCGAUGUGGAACCUCAAGAAGCUCGUAUUGUUGAGCAGAUUGUAGAACCAAUUCAGGAAGAUGGCAGUUAUGGUUAUAUGUACGAAACAGAGAAUGGCAUACAUAAUGAGGCUCGUGGCAAGGCCAUCACUUUGGACAAUGGUGAUACGGCUCAAAAGGUAGAGGGUGCUUUUUCGUUUAUCACUCCCGAAGGAAUACGUGUUAGUAUACGCUAUGUGGCUGAUGAAAAUGGAUAUCGUCCUAUUAUCACUUACGAUGGUGCUAAUGUGGAACAGUUUACUCGAUCCCAAGCGGCAGCCAAUGUUGAAAUUACUAAAAAUAAUUAA